AUGAACGACUUCCCAAACUCGGCGGGCUUCUACCAGGAACCCCGUGCCGCCGAUAAUGCUUCGGCCCACAGCGAUAUUGACGUCGUCAUUGACGGCAUUGGCAACGGUAUCGUCACGCAUGCGCCCAAAGAGGGCUUCCGCCUGGGCUACUUCGAUGUUAGCUGUCUGGUUAUCAACCGGAUGAUUGGCACCGGCAUCUUCAUGUCUCCCCAGCGAGUGAUGCGUGGCACCAAAAGCGUCGGUGCGAGCCUGCUCAUAUGGGUCGCCGGCAUCAUCUACUGUCUUUGUGGCACGCACGUAUAUAUCGAGUAUGGCCUGAAUGUCCCUCGAUACAUCAUCAACGGAGUCGAGAGCUCGGUGCCACGGUCCGGAGGCGAUCUCGUAUACCUGCAGUACGUCUUCCGCAGGCCGGCCUACCGCAAGAACACGAUCCUCUUGUCGACAUGCAUCUUUGGCAUCAGCUUCAUCGUUCUCGGCAACAUGGCCGGCAACUGCAUCCACUUUGCGCUCCGCGUUCUGGAAGCGGCCGGCGUCGAGGAGCCCGAGAACGGCCCGGUCCGCGGCAUUGCCCUCGCCGCUGCCACCUUUGCGUGCAGCGUCCAUGCCCUCAGCCGUCGGUUCGGCAUCCUGCUCAACAACACGUUGGCCAUCGUGAAGAUUAUGAUCAUGCUGCUGAUCAUCAUCGCCGCCAUCGUCGUGGGCGCCGGGGGCUUCCCGGAAACUACAAACGUCAUCGGCGCCAACACGUCCCCGAAGAACUCGUUCAAAGACGCGUCCCAAGAAGUCAACGGCUAUGCCCAGGCCUUUCUUGCCGUCAUCUUCACUUUUUCCGGAUUCGAGCAGCCCAACUAUGUCCUUGGGGAGAUCAGCCGGCCCAGGAAGAAGUUCCCCAUUGCCAUGGGAACUGGGGUUGGGGUUGUCGUGAUGCUAUACCUCGCCGUCAAUAUUUGCUACUUGGUAGUCGUGCCCAGGGACGAACAGAUCGAGAUCAACGUCGCCCAGCGCUUCUUCGAGCUUACCUUUGGCACCUUGGGCUCAGGCGGCGACACGGGCGUCCGAAUUUUCAACGCCUUUCUCGCCAUCUCCUCCAUGGGCAACAUCAUUGUCAUGACAUACACAGCUGCCCGAGUAAAGCAGGAGAUUGCCAAGGAGGGAAUCCUACCUUGGCCAAAGUUCUUUGCCCAAAAUACAGACAUGAGCAUCGGCCGCCUGAUCCGAUGGUUCCAGAAGAAGGGCUGGUUCGUUUCGCUCCACCGCAUCCGAUGGCUCUCCCCGGAACACCACAGCGAGAGGACGCCUGUCGGUGCUCUGUUCCUCCACUUCGUCAGCUGCGUCAUCCUCCUUUUCGCGACGUACGGAAUUAGGCCGACCACGGCCUACGUCUUGCUCACAUCUCUGAGCGCAUACGUGAUCAACGCCUUCAUAGGCACUUUUCUGGGGUUGGGCAUCCUCAUCCUGCGAUUUCGCGGGCCGCCCAGGACCGUUGCCGAGGACGACGCCUCGACCUACGGACGGGAAUCCCAGCCGCUGACCUGGGCCGAAAUGACAGGAAAGCGGUUCAGUCCCUUCCUGUCCGUCUUCUGCGCUCUUGUAUACAUGUGCGGGGGCCUCUACCCGGUCAUCACCAACUGGGUGCCCCCAGGUGCGCUGUCUUCCACGGUCGAGCCGUGGUACUUGGUCCCCACCGUCUCAUGGGUCAUCAUCGGCAUCGGCAUCGCCUGGUUCUACGGGUUCGUCCUUGUCGCACGCUACAUCGAGAGGAAAGAUCACAGUGUCUUCGUCGUGGAGAAGAAGCCGGAGUUCGAGCCGGCCGAGACCAGCGGUCGAAGCUCCGAGGCCAGCGGCGCCAGCACCGACCUCAUCCAGGUGCACGAAACGGUCUAUCUGAGCUGGGUCGGCAAGGAGGCGUUACGCUCGAGGCGGCCGGUGUUCGAUGACCCCAAGCAGGCUGACGGGAACGUGAGAGAGGUUCCCCUGUCUCCUUAUGCGGGCACCGACUUUGCUGCCUUCAUGUCGAAUCAAGUAACACCAGAAAGGGGCGGCUACCGGUAG